UCGGAAAUGAACGCAAAUAAGCUUGCACAGCUUCAUAAGUAUGUACCACCUAAGUGGGCUUCAUCCCUGAAGAACAUUCCAAAGCAUUCCCUCAAGCUCGCUCAACGUAACACUCCAAUCCACCCAUGGAAUAUUCCCAAUGCCCCAAAGGAGUUUUCAAUAUUCAUCAAAAGGGAUGACCUGACUGGAUGUGCUCUGUCUGGAAAUAAGGUUCGUACAUUGGAGUUUGUCUUGGCUGAUGCUCUAGAGAAGAAGUCUGACACAGUGAUAACAUGUGGUGGUCUCUUUUCCAAUCAUUGUAGGACUACUGCAGUUGCAACGAAGCAACUUGGUUUGAAUUGUUACUUGCUGCUAAGUUGUUCUGAUCAGAAGACAGUCAAUGUCGGAUGUAAAGGGAAUCUUCUUUUAAAUAGGAUGGCUGGAAGUAAUAUUAUUCUUGUUCCAGAGUUGAAAUAUGAGGCUGGCCUUCAGUCAAUGAUGGAGAAAAUGGCAGAAAAAUUACGUCAGCAAGGUUCAGUCCCAUAUCUGAUAGAGGCUGGAGGUUCUUCAUAUACAGGAUUGUUUGGUUACCUGACAGCAUUUCAAGAAAUGAUGGAUCAAAAUCUGCUGGAAGAUUUUGAUGAUAUUGUAAUGACAGCUGCCAGUGGAGGAUCUGCAGCAGGAAUUUCCAUUGCUAAUUAUCUGACAGGUUCAAAACUCAAAUGCCAUGCAGUAAAUGUACGUGAUGACGAUGCAUACGUAUACAGCAAGAUAAAUGAAAAACUUCAAGCAGCUGGGCUCUCUGUGCAAGCAGAAGAAAUAAUUGAUGUCAUUGGCGGACAUCAUUUGCCAGGAUAUGGAAGACCCUCACAAGAAGAUCUUGAAUACAUUUUAGAGAUUUCCAGUUCUACCGGAGUGUUGAUUGACCCAGUGUACAACAUAAAGACAGUCAGAGGAAUGCUGGCUGAAAUGACCAAUAAUUCCAAGAGAUUUCGAGGAAAUAGGAUACUCUACAUUCAUACUGGUGGAUGUUUUGGUUUAUUUGAUGGAGGAGUUGAAUCUAUACUGACAAGUUCACGAGACACACAAUGUAUCAAUGAGAUUCUGUCCUGGAGAGACAUCAACGAUCCUCUGCCGAUCUGAUUGUAAUUAAUCAAAGAAACUAUGUGUUCGUGGUUGAUAAUUGUUGACAUGAGACGAACAAAAGGUUCAUGAGGUUCAUGAAUAAAGCUCUGAAAAUUGCAUAUCUAAAUUACA